CCACACAGCGCCACUUUGAACAACAUUGAACGCCAUUCGCGACCAAUGUAACAGUACCCUUUAGUAAUGUGUGUUACGGAAAGUGUUUCGGCUUUACUGAAGGCUUUAAUUUAUUUUGAAUGUUGUUUUAUAAAGACAGUGUUUUUCACUAUUUUCGAAUCCCAUGGGUCAAAUAAGUAUAAAUACUUUCAGAAAAUGCAAAGAUGUGUCUUAGUGAAAUAACCGCUAAUUUAGUUAUCUUAUGUUAGUUAUUGCUGCAGGCCAAUUAGCUAGCUUCUUGCUUGAUAGACAGAUAAUAACGCUACAGAAAGAUUUAUUCGCAUCAAUAUGUAACUUUUGUGGCAAAUGUUGUCCAGUCAUUUAGCUAUUCAGUUUUUACGGUUGUUGAACUGGAAUGUGCUUUCGGGAUAUUUAUCCUAAUUAUAACUGGAGGUAGCUAAUGCUAGCUAACGACCUGAAGACCAGUGCUCUUGAUUUCAGUCCAUCGUGGUUUGCUUGUGAAUCAGUGGCCUAGCUUCUGCUAAAAUGAGCGGUCAGAGGACUUUAUUUCAGACGUGGGGGGCUGCGGUUCCAAGGACAACUGGGACUUUAAAUGAUACUCGGAAGAAAACCACCGGGAAGCGUAAACCAACUACGAAAACUGCUACAGGGAAAACUAAGAAGGCAAACAACAUACCCUUGCCGACCCGCAAUUCACUUUGGGAAGAAACUGGCCGUGGCUCCUCAGCCAAUUGCGAGGUGGGAGAUGCAGAUGAAGAAGAUGAUGAUCUCAUGUUGGUAGCAGUUUAUGAAGCUGAAGAGUCUUUGCAGAAUGUGUCGGGUACUAACGACGACGUCGCAAAUGCAAGACUAAACUCAUCUUUACGGUGUCCGAUGUCGACAACUUCGAGCAACAACACCUGCUCAACGGAGCUACCUGGUUUUGACAGGUCGUCAGCCGAGGUAUGGAUUUAUCCCACAAACUACCCUGUCAGAGACUACCAGCUGAAAAUAUCGGAGAAGGCACUGUUUCAAAACACCUUGGUGUGCUUGCCCACUGGACUUGGGAAGACCUUCAUUGCCUCUGUCGUAAUGUAUAACUUCUACCGAUGGUACCCAGCAGGGAAAAUAGUGUUUAUGGCUCCGACAAAACCACUUGUGGCGCAACAGAUAGAGGCAUGCUACAAAGUUAUGGGAAUCCCUCAGGGACACAUGGCAGAAUUGACAGGCAGCAUCCAGGCACAAACCAGACGGGAGCUGUGGAAGUCGCGACGAGUGUUCUUCUUAACCCCGCAAGUGAUGGUGAACGACCUGUCUCGAGAGACAUGUCCAGCUUCACAGGUCAAAUGUGUUGUGAUCGACGAGGCCCACAAAGCCCUGGGGAAUCAUGCCUAUUGCCAGGUGGUCCGGGAGCUGGGAAACAAGACCCAACAGUUUCGCAUCCUUGCUCUCAGUGCCACUCCGGGAGGAGACAUAAUGGCUGUGCAGAAAGUCAUCUCCAACCUCCUCAUCGCUCAUAUAGAGCUGCGCUCUGAGGAGAGCCCGGACAUCCAGGCCCACUCACACCAGCGCAGCCUGGAAAAGCUGGUGGUUCCUCUGGGGGACAUGCUCUCGGGCUACCAGGCCCGCUACCUACAGGUCUUGGAGAAGUUCACUGGCCGCCUGACCCUGAUGGGAGUUUUGUCUCAUCGGGACCUGCGCAACCUCACCAAGUAUCAGCUCAUCCUGGCCCGGGACCAGUUCCGAAACAACCCACCCCCUCGCGUCGCGGGAGCCCAGCAGGGGGUGCUAGAAGGGGACUUUGCCUUGUGUAUCAGCCUGUACCACGGAUACGAGCUCCUGCUAAAGAUGGGCCUGCGAUCCCUCUUCCUUUUCGUGCAGGGCAUCAUGGACGGCACUAAAGAGAUGGCCCGGGCCAGGAGCGAGCUGCAGCGCGCUGCGGAAUUCAUGGACCUGUACCGGGAGAUGGAGGCCCUGUUUGCGAAGCCCAGCGCAGGGCCAGAGGAACCCUUCGUUUACAGCCACCCCAAGCUGCCGAAGCUGGAAGAGGUGGUGGUGCAGCACUUCCGGACGUGGGCCGACGCCUCGGGUCCAGGGGAGGGGUCCAGCUCAGAAGGCGGGGCCAAGUGCGCCAGCACUCGUGUGAUGAUCUUCUCCUCCUUCCGAGAGAGCGUGCAGGAGAUCGCCGCCAUGCUGAGUCGCCACCUCCCGCUGAUCCGGGUCAUGACCUUCAUGGGGCAAGCCUCGGCCGGGAAGGGAGCGCGCGGGUUCACCCAGAAAGAGCAGCUGGAGGUGGUGCGCCGUUUCCGGGAGGGCGGCUUCAACACGCUGGUGUCCACGUGCGUGGGUGAGGAGGGGCUAGACAUCGGCGACGUGGACCUCAUCGUGUGCUUCGACGCCCAGAAGAGCCCGAUCCGGCUGGUGCAGCGCAUGGGCCGAACGGGCCGGCACCGGCAGGGCCGCAUCGUGGUCAUCCUGGCCGAGGGAGGCGAGGAGAGGACCUACAACCAGAGCCAGAUGAAUAAGCGGAGCGUGUACAAGUCCAUCAUGGGGAAGAAGCACAGCUUCUGCAUGUUCCCCCACAGCCCCCGUAUGCUUCCAGAGGGGGUGAACCCCACCCUGCACAAGAUGUUCAUCACCUGCGGGCAGUAUGAGCGCCGGGAGACUGGGCGACGCUCUUCCAAUGGCCGUAGGUCCAUCGCUGAAGGCCAGGAAUCCUUUCUCAUCAGGGGUCAUUGCGAAAACAUUCGAGAAGAUGGAUUCCUUACACCCAAAGAAUUCUCCCUGUGGUCUUCCACCUUGCAACUAGGGGUGGACGAGCCACAGCCAGUGCUGGGCCACUCCCACUUCCUGUCACUACCAAAUGAUGCUCUGCCUGAGGAACAAGGAAGCGAGGCCCAGUCUCGGGAGCUGUCCCUGUGGGAGUGGAGGUACUGGCAGAACCGGCCCUUCCCCACAUACCGGGUCAACCAUUCAGACCGCUGCCAGCACUUCAUCCACAUCAUGGAGCUCAUCGAUGGCAUGAGGGAGGAGGAGGAGGGAAGCUGUGCUUACGAGGCGGAGCUGAUGACCUUCCUCCACAAAGAGGACGUCGUCGGCUACAGAGGAGUGUUCCAGCAAGAUAUGGACCUCAAUUCAAAGGAGCGCAGAGCCACUCUUGCCGGCUGCAAGAGGAAGUCGUCCCCCAUAGAAGAUGUGGACACGGACUUUGUUGUCCCCGGAGGGAAGGCCUCUAAAUUACAGACUCCAGUUGUGAGCCCAGAGCUUCCAUGGACAUCAAUAAAGGAGAAAACCCCUUUAGAGAAGGAUGGUGGAGGUCACACAGAUCAUGCUGUCAGUCCAGAACACGAAUCAGAUAAAACAAUCCCAGGUGUAGACUUUGACAUGGACUUGGAUGGUUGCAUUGUAAUCUCUGAGGACAGUGAAGAGGAGGAGGUCAAGUCUUUGGCUGAUCCUCACUCUCCAGCCAGCCAUUGCUCAGGAGAGCCCAGUUUCUUGGGCCCAUUCAGUUCAGGUGCUGGCUACAGCAGCCUGCCAGAGGAGCACUGCCUGGAACUUAGCAGUAUGUUUUAUUUGCCCCAGUGGGAUACCUGCCCCAAACUGCAGGACCUCCCAGGGACCCAAGAGAAGGUGAGAGCCGUUCUUGCCAAUGUGAAGGACUUCUUGUCCAGGCCUCCACUUUCUGACUCCAACCUGGAUGGUUUGUUGGACCCCAAACCCAAGCUUAAGGACGGACAGGCUCAUCCUGAACCUGGAGAGUGGGGAGAUAUGUUUCAGGUGAAUUUCUGUCUGGAAGUAGAAGAGGAAGAGAAACUUAGUGAUUCGGUUUCACCCGACCUGCCUCCGGGCUUUCCUGCAAAAAUGAAGUCAGUGUCUGGUGAUGGUCCCGCUGCACCGGUCAGCAAUGGCCCUAGUAGUCCUGGAUGGGAUGAAGUUUUUGAUGACGUUGAGGAUGCAGAAGCGCUUCCGAGAGGGGCUGCCGCAUUUGCACCCAAGGGAUUGUCCCCUCGGCCUCCUUUAGACAAAGGGAUCGGGGACCCAGGCACCUCUGUCCCGGCAGAUGCAGUGCUGGAUGAGAGCAUUGAACUGUUUGGAGAUGACGACGACGACGACUUCCUCCAUGUCAACAUGCCAGAUUUUCCUAGCAGUCAGACACAGAAGCAGACUCUUGAGGAGCCUUCAGAGGAAGUGAAAAAUACCGGAUCUGAAAGAAAUGGAGAGGUUGAAGAUAAGGGAGCAUUGAAGCAUUCUCAUCUUGCUUCUCCUGGAGCAGCUCAAAGAACCUUGGAGAACACUGGGAACUUUGACUGCUCCCCGGAGCUCUUCUCUGUAAAUUUUGACCUGGGGUACUCCCUUGAGGACUCUGAAGAGGAGGAAGAGCCCGGAACAGCGGCUGGGACAGAAGAGGUGUUCCACCACUCUGUUGCUCUGACCCAAAAGACGACUGAGGGCCCCAGUCUGGCCCUGCCACAGGACAGCUUCCCCUCAUUGGUGUAUUCUAGAGAUCACCACCGGGGAUGUGUCUCCACCCCUCUAGUCGUUAACACAGGAAGAAGGGACUGCUUACCUCUGAACACCAAAGGAUUGGAGAUGAUGUCCCCCACUAUCCAGAGAUUCCAUGGUGCAUCUCGCUGGCCCACUACAUCUGAUGGCAUUACUUCACCCUCACCAUCAGGGGCUGCUGGACACCCAAGGCUGCCUUCAAGGAAACACUGCGGAGCCACGUCUGAGGGCCAGACCUCAAGAGCUCAGGUUUCCGCCAGGCGGUCUCUGCUGCAGAUUGACAAUUUUCCCCGUGAAAAUGUGCCCCUGAACCCUCCCGCAGGGCUUGGCUGCAGUGACAGUGAGGAGGAGAUGGCGGUGCGAAGGAGAGGAGGACGAAGGAAGAACAACCCUCUCACUUCCCCAGCGCCCAAGACAUGGAGUGACGUGGACUCUCCUGUGCAAGUGACUCGGAGGCGGAGAGCUGCACUAAUCACAUCUGAGGAGAGCGAAAAUGAACCGAUGUCAGACCAAGACUUCCAGGACACUUCAGCACGGCUCCCAAAAGUGUCCCGCCCCCGUGAACUCCCCGCCCCGCAGGGACGAGCUAAGAAGGCCGUGAGGAGAAGGGCACAGGAGUAUCUGGAUGAGGAGGCGGAGCUCUCUGAAGAAGGCGGGGUCGUCUCCUCUGACGAAGAGGACGAGGAAGAGCAAGACCACUCCUUGGUGGGCUUUGUGGUGGAUAACACGCAGCUGUCUCAAGGCCUGAACGAUUCUGAGAUGCGAGGAAUUUACCUGAAGUCAGUGAGAAGCCCUGCAUUCUCCAGCAAGUACAGAAUGGCCUAUAAGGCCAGGGACAACGUGGACAUUUUCUCUCAGGUGCCAGAACAGGAUGAGACGUACGCGGAGGACAGCUUCGUGGUGCAGGGCAGCGAGGUGGAGGAGCUGGAAAGCAGCGAAGAGGAAGCGCCCGUAAUCCUGGAGGAGUCCGUCCUGGGGGGGAAGAGGCUGUACCCCACCAGACGCAGGGCCCGACUGAGACAGGCCAGGGAGGGACAGGGAGACCCCUGCCGCCAGCCCGCCAAAAAAGCCAAGCGCUCCCGCGUCAUCUGCCAGGACGACUCGAGCGAGGAGGAGGAGGAGAUUGGGAGGAGGAAGAAAGGGAAUUCUGUAGACUUCGCCCUCCCUCGCAGGCCAGCGCAGACGGCCCCAUUCAGACCCCCCCAGGACGAGCCCCCCUCCAGCCUAGGGAGGGCCUCUUUGGGGCGCAGGGGUCCAGAGGAGGUGUCCUUGGAGGAGAGGUGCAGACAGGGGCUCAGUCCUCAGGUCUCCGUGUCUGAAGCUCUGGAGUUGCAGAUGCCCGUCUCCACACGGCCUCAGCCAACACAGCCACAGGUACCGGAGCAGAAUGAGACGUACGAGGAGGAUUGCUUUGUGGUGCAUGGCGGCGAGGUGGAGUCGGAAACCAAAGAGGAAGAAGGUCCGGGUGAAUCAAAGCCGGAGGAGUCCUUUGUCUGCAGGAGGAUGACCAAACGCCCCAGGACCAUUCCCGUGGACGACUCUAGUGAGGAAGAGGAGAUUAAGAGGAGGAAGAAAGAGAAUGCUGGAGACCCCGCCCUCCCCUGCAGGCCAGCGCAGACGGCCCCAUUCAGAUCCCCCCAGGGCCUGCCCCCCUCCAGCCUUGGGAGGGCCUCUUUGGGGCGCAGGGGUCCAGAGGAGGUGUCCUUGGAGGAGAGGUGCAGACAGAGGCUCAGUCCUCAGGUCUCCGUGUCUGAAGCUCUGGAGUUGCAGAUGCCCGUCUCCGCACGGCCUCAGCCAACACAGCCACAGCCCGAUGACAACACCCGUUAUCCUAAUCAGACUCAGAACGGGGCGGAGCAGCACGCCAUGGAGGGCGUGUCCCCGGUUGAUCCCCACCCGCUGCGCGUGCUGGUGGACAGCGGCCUCUCUGCGGCCGGGCCGGAGGUGGUGUCCUGCCUGCGCGCGCAGACGGGCGUGGCCGUGCAGCUGUGCCCGCUGGGCGUCACCCGCUUCGUGGUCAGCGGCCGCAUGGCCGUGGAGAGGCUGACGCAGGCCGAGGCGGAGGAGGGCGGCGGCCAGAACCGCGAGGCCCUGAGGGCCAGGGUGCUCCGCCUCCUGGGCCUCUAUGACAGGGUCUGUCUCAUUCUGGAGAAGCAGCACGCAAGAGCAGGGGACGUGUCGCUGUCGGCGCUCAUCCGGGCUGGGGUGCGGCUCCUCUUCAGCGGCGGGCCCCAGGAGACGGCCGCCCUCGUGGCCGACCUGGCCCGGUCGGAGCAGAGGAAGGGCCAUGCCAUCGCCGUGCCCGCUGAGGUCGAAGGUCACCGGCGGCAGGCCCUGAACUUCUACCUCGCCCUGCCCUGCGUCAGCUACGUCACCGCCCUCCACAUGUGCCACGGCUUCCGCUCGGUGGCGCACCUGGUCAGCAGUUCAAUAGAGACCCUGAUGAGUGGAGCCUCUGUGAGUCGCUCACGGGCCGAGGAGAUCUUCCACUUCCUUCGCCACAUCUGCAAUACCAAUAUGCUGCCUGAAACAACUCCAUGACUGCUACCAGGAAACUCAACCACUGACCUUUGACCCUCGACCCAUGACCUCCACCUCUUUUUUCUGAUUCCAUACAGAAAAUGCUCUGCACUUUAAAAAGAAUGAACACAGUACAAAGUCGAUGUAUUACCCCAGGCAAAUUGCACCCUUAAUUUUGCUGUUUAAAGAAAAAAAUAAUACCAUUUAUGUGAAAGACACUGAGCAUACUUGUACCUUAAAAGAUUAUUUAAGGUAUUCUUUUUUUAAACAAAGUUGUACAAAAUUAUGUAACAAGUUUUUUUUUUGGAAAGGGGUUAAUAUCAGUAUUUUGUGAUAUGAACAAACUGAAUAAAAAGCACUUUAUUUUUA